GCGCAAUAGCGUCAGCGUCGGCGCAGGCUCUCGCGGUCCGGUCGCACAGCGCCCCACGCGAACUACGAUGUCUAAAAUUUAUCCAAUCUAGACAAAAAAGGAUGACAAAAAUCUUUUCGUCUGAGGAGAUAGUUGACACUUUUCGUCCGAGAAACUAAACAGGUCUUUGAAAAUUGUUGUAAUAUUUUGACUUGCAAAAGAAUUUUAUAUAAGAAAUAUUUAUAUAAAAAAGCGAUAGAGUAUAUCUAUAACGAUAUAGUGUGGUGUUUAAAUUUUUCAACACCGCCUUUCUCUCAACGUAUCAAAACGAAUUAAGCUUCCUAAGAUGAUCAGAAGUCGGUCGUUGAUCGCGCUUUUUAUAUGCUGCAUCAUGUUUAACAUUUGCGUCAACGCUUGGAAUAAUCGCGGCAGGCAUAGGAUUGCGAAUAGAAGAUGGUCGUGGCAGAAAAAUGAUAAUAGUGCUGCCACUUCAAUUCAAGGAACGGCGGCAAAACGUAAAUGGGAAUUGCCGAAACUUCAGAACAAUAAUCGGACUCAUAUCGCUAGGGAGAAAAGACUCUUCUCGCUGUUCACAUUGGUGAAGUUCGACAAUAGCAUUUGCGGUGGAUUAAAUGGGGAGAACGGCACGUGCGUCGCGGCGGCGGAAUGCGUGCAACGCGGUGGUACCUCCAGCGGUGUCUGUGCAAACGGUUACGGAGUGUGUUGCAUAGUCACAGUGUCUUGUGGCGGCCUGACUGCUGACAAUAAUACAUACUUUGUCAAUCCGAAUUAUCCAUCCACUUUCGACGGUAUGGAAUCUUGCCAAGUGACACUAGUAAAGUCGCAUCCAGAUGUAUGCCAGUACCGAUUAGACUUUGAACAAUUUAAUAUUAGGGGUCCGGAAACGACGAAUAAUGUCUGCACUUACGAUCAAUUUAUUGUUUCUGGUGGCAAUCCGGUACCAACGAUAUGCGGUAACAAUAAUGGAAAUCACAUGUACAUAGAUACGGGCGUCGGACAAACUAAUCCAGUAACUUUGACUUUUGUCACGAGUGGCAGCUCAUUUCCACGAUCGUGGAAGGUUCGCAUCUCGCAGAUACAAUGCAGUACGAUAUACCGAGCCGAGGAGGGUUGUCUCCAGUAUUUCACUGGGGUUUCCGGACAAGUAAAGUCCUUUAAUUACGAUCCGACGACCGGAUUGCAGUUGUCGAAUCAAGAUUACAGUAUAUGCAUUAGAAUGGAGAGAAACUUUUGCGGAAUUCAAUACAUGGCGUGUACUGACGAUGCUCAAGGGAUGAUGCCUACCACGGCAGGCGCAGCGGGUCAAAUAAUGCGUAACAACGCAUUUACGCUGACAGGAAAUACACAAAAUACGCAAAUAGUAUCAAUGACAGGAGCAUCUUGUUUGACUGAUUGGUUAUCGAUACCGUGCGCCAUCAAUUUGGGCCGGAUGCCCACGAUGCCGCUGAUAUGCGUUGAUCGAUUAUGUGGCGGUACCUUCAAUUCGGAACCUCAGAAUCUGAAUGCAUCAUCUGUUAUCAGUACUGUGAAGCCAUUCCGAUUAAUAUUUCACACGGACAGUACCGAGGCACCAGGCGAUGUCGGAAAUAAAGGUUUCUGUCUUAAUUAUGUGCAACAACCAUGCACAACAAAAUUAAAAUAAGGACCAUGGUAAAAUUAAAAGACUAAAACACAUUUGCGGAAUAUCAAUUUUUAUUUUAAAAUUUUUAACACAGAUUUUUUUGUAACAUAUAUGUUUUUUUCUUUACACGAAUAUAUCUUCUUCAACGCG